AUGGUCAAUCUACUCGACAAACGUCUGUUUUUCGCGGCGAGGCGAUGCUACUACACCGAUGGAAUCACAUUUCUCAUGGUUAUUUGGUACGUGGCGGCUCUCUUCUUUCUCUGGAUAACGAUCACUUUUCAGUCCGUCCACUGGACAAACGCUCAAGGUCACCGAGAAAAAGCUAUCGGAACAGGGAAUUCGACUCGGAGACUUCAUUUUCGCUAACGGAUCGCCGGAGAAUGUGAAAGAGUACACAGUGACCGAUUAUCAGUUGGACAUUCGAAUUGACGGCAAUUUUGCGAUGGUAAGUGAGCAAACAAUGCAUUCGCACACCGCCGUCUCGUCAACACAGGCGCACAAUGAGAAAAUGGGGCGGAAACGAGACGAAUUCACCUACGGAAUAGUGCCCAGAGCUAAAUGUUCAGUUCAGUCUUUUACUUUUUUCAGAUUGAAAACCUAACAGCGGAUUUGGUAAAAGAGAACGGAAUGCUGGUGUUCAAAACGAAACAAUUAGGAUUGGUGAAGUCGCUGGAUCAAUCGUUGGCUCUCGGAAAGUAUCGGAUUACGGUCAGAGCGUGCACCUCUUCCGACAACUCGCCCACCGCCUUCAACAACUAUUCGUUCUGUGCGGAAGCCAACGAGAAGCUCCGGGACACCGCUUACAUUCCCCGUCUCUACCCUUCCUACGCACCUCUUCCAUCUCUCCCAACUGCCUGGGACUCAUUUCCUAGUCCAGAUGAACCACUGCCCAACAUCGAUCAACUGAAUCUGAGCUCUUUGUUCAACAAUUUCUCCACCAUAUCCAGUUCGUUCAAGAUGCCCGGUUCAUCGGAUGCACCUUCGGAACCAAUUCCGCCGGUCUCUACCUUCCGAACGUGCCUAAUGCCUCCAGCUGAUAGUGAAUCUCCCGAAAACGUAACAGUGGGCGCUGGUUUCAAGGUGAAAGAGUCACCGAUCCGAAAAACGGUAAGUCAAUGCAAAGUCUCUUCAAUGUCGGCUGGUUUCAUUUCAGAUGAGAGCGUUCGUGAUUUUUCGGAUUAAAAAAGACGACUCUAAUAUCCACUACAUUUGGGUUUGUGACAUUCAGAGGUUAGUUGCGCUCCGAAUUCACACAGUUCACAUACGUUCGACAUCUCAGACGCUUCCAAUUCAUUUCAAAACAUCAUGAACUUGAUAUUGGCCACUUUUUCGAGGGACAAUUCGAACAAAUGGUGAUCCUCUAAACUAUAUCGUUCUUCUACUAGCAUCUUUUCAGCCAAACGGAAUAUGGUCCCAGAGAUAUACGAAAUACGAGCGGCCAAUUGAUGCAUUCAUUGAAGGAUGUGUGAACAAGGGACGGGUUGAGCUGACUGUGACUAUCUCGAAUUACGAGCCAGUUGGCGAAGGGAGAAAGUACGCGCAAGUACGUGCAGAACACAUUGGAGUCAUUGUGAGUCAUAUCUCAGCGGCCGAUAGAGAUAUCAAAAAGAUUUCAAUUAACAAAUUGCGUAUUAUAAAAUUGUGCACAUUUCACCAGUUGACACAUUUUUGGUAUCUCUAUCGGCAACCGAAAUAUAUCGUUAUGAAUAAGUAUCAUUUUCAGAUGGACGUAUACUCCAAACUACCUGUCAACUGUCAGGAACGACAAGCGAGAAUUCAACAGAGCAGAUUAGACAACAAUCUUUUUGUAUGGGCUAUUGUCGGAAUCUAACUCACUUUUGUACUGUCGUCCAAAGAACUUUGUCAGACUUUUCGAUUUCGCGAUCAUUCUAGAUCGAAGAGUACAGUCUAGAGUUCUAUUUUUUCCAUUUUCUCGAUAACUUUCUCGUCCGGUUCAAUAUAAAUCACUGUUUCGGUUUUCACAGAAGAGUUGUUGAGUUGACUUGUCUCUGAAAGUUUUCUUGAUAUUGUGAGUCUUAAAGAUGUCCUGGCCACGUCAUACCAAGAAGAUACGAGUUCAAAAGGUGAUAUUAUCGUUCGCAUCUUUUGAUAAAACUAGAAUUUGCACAUGAAUAGCCCCAAUCCGCUUGAUAAACCAGCAAACAUCGAGACACACAACAGAAAAGUCGAUGAUUUUCCAGUUCUUUCUUAUUUUUCACUUUUUCGCGCAGAAUCUCGCUGCAAAUUGGCCGGUGAGUGAGCUGGAUGGACCCACCGGUUAACUGAUCCAUCUAGACAUGUUCCGCCACAACAAACUGUCCCCCAGGGGGUCUAUGGACUGAAUGGACGGUCACCGGAAGGCAGGAAUGCGCCGGAAAAUGCGGAUCUUGUGAUGCACUCUUCUACACGAGAACUUGCGCUUCUUCGAGUGCUGGGUGUGAAUGCGAGUGAGUCAAUCGGUAUCCUAGGCUGUAUUGAGCUUCCAUUUAAAGUAUUUCCAUCUUCCAGAGGCGCCAUCUCCAAAUACGAGCGUUGCAACACUCAAACCUGUGCCUAUCCUGCUCAACGGACGUGCUGCAUCCCGUACGUGCCGAUGCUCAUCAACGGAUCGAUGCAGUGCGGGCCAAUCCCGAAACAAACCUCCAAAUACACGCCUUGCUGUCCGAUCGGUGGUCUUUGGAGUAAAUGGAGUGGUUUUGCGAGGAACUCGGCCGAUACCGCUUGGAUUCGAACCCGCAAGUGUGCGUCAGCAUCGGCGGGAUGUUCCUGUGUUGGCGAGAGCGUCGAGAGUCAGACUGAUUGUCCGUGUGUCUAUGAGAUGGAUCAAAUCGACCGGUGUGCAGGCAGCCAGGGAAGAGUUCGAGGCAACACGUUGGAGAGCGAUCACGCCACUUGCAAGUACGUGGCGAACAUUUUGGCGAAGAAUAAUGGUGGCACGGCGUGCAACAAGUACACUACUUACAGUAAGAGACAUCCUACCAUCCUUUCCCACUUUUAUUUUCAGCUUCGUAUAAUUAUGUAUCGGCACUGGCGAUCGUGUACAAAGGAGAGACAAGCUGUGAGAUGGACCGACCAUUCCACUGCAACGCUCCGACUGGCGACAGAAUGCCGUUCACUCUGACGUGUGACCUGGAAACUCAGUACUGGCGGUAUGAUUUCAAUGGCCGCGAGAUCGAGGGAUGGCUUCAGUUGUACCUCAAUCCCAAUUGA